CGCUUCCGCUUCCGCCGCCGCCUGAGGGGAAACCGAACCAUCCCGAGCAAGAUGGCGUCGCUCUCCGUCUUGCAGGCCUCGCCGGCCGGGGGAUUCAGCUUCCACAACUGCGCCCGGUCAGUGGCGGCCCCGGCGGGGGGGGGGGAGGCAGGAGGCGGCGUCUGGCCGGGGGGGGCGAGGGCGGCGUCGGCGUCGCGGGCGCCGGGGGGGAGGGAGCCGGGCGGGCGGUGACUCAGGAGGCUGCGAGGCCUAGCGAGGCCCUGGCGCGGGUGGGAGGGAAGGGGCUCCUCUGAAGAAACAACAGCAAUGGUAAUAAGUAGCGCGCGUUUCCCCGCGGAUCUUCCUUCACGGCCUUCGGAUUCGCCUGAGCGCUCAAGCCGCCCUGGGACCCGGGGACGCUGCAGUCUUCGCGGGGGGGGGGCGGGAGGAGGAGGAGGCCCCCCCCGGGAAGUGGCUGAGCGAGACCCCCGAGGGCCGCCCGUGGGGCGAGGGGAGAGGCGGCGGGGGACCUUGAUCUCAGAGAGAGAAGGAAGGGCUGUCGCUUCGUCACUGUCAACCUCUUGGAAAGCUCACACCUGAGGGUUUCUUAUCCACGCGUGGAUUUCUUUCCUCCUCAGUAACUAGGCAACUGACGGAGGGGGGAAAUAGCGCUCAGGUUCUUUGCGGGGGGGGGGGAGACGGGAAUAAUAAUAAUAAUAAUAAUUUAUAUCCUGCCCUCCCCAGCCAAAACUGAGCUCAGAGCGGCUAACAUCAAAUGUAUGACACAUUAACAUAAAAUCACACAAUCAGUUAAAAUACAUCCUAAAAUCAGAUCAAGAUCAGCAUAAAUUCCAGUCAGAUGGCAACCUGCAGAUUAGGGUUGGGGGCCUUCAAUGCUCAUCAGGCCCAACUGUUUGUGCUGAACUUAUUGGGAGGCCACUUCCAUACAAGUUCUUAUGAAAGGGGAUGGGGAGUCAGACUGAACCCCGACCAAAAGCCAGGCGGAACAGCUCUGUCUUGCAGGCCCUGCAGAAAGAUGUCAAAUCCACCUUUUUAUCAUGCUGGGCAGCUCACGCAGUGGCUUUCAACCUGUGGGUCCCCAGAUGUUGUUAGACUACCACUCCCAUUAUCCCUGAGCUCUGGCCUUGCUAGCUAGGGGUGAUGGGAGUUGUAGGUUCGAUCCCCGCGUGGGACGGCUGCAUAUUCCUGCCUUGCAGGGAGCUGGACUAGGACCUGGUGAUCCUCUGGGUCCCUUCCAACAUUGCGGUGCUAUGAAUCCCAUGUUUGCCAAAUCGUAUCUCCUCCCGUAGGAGCAAAUGGUUGCUAGUUCUGCCACCCCCAAUUAUAGCGGCGGGGAGGGUAGAAGAGAAUUGCAGGUAUGGGGGGAGCGUGAGGGUUGUUGAUUUGGCUCCAAACUGCUUGUGUGUGCGCUGUCACCACCAAGGGAAAACACACUUGCCUGCUCCCCAAUAGGGUGGGUGGAGCACGCAAAAGCGAUCCAGUGUUGUAACCGACAGGUAGUCCAGCCCUUGGGCAGGCUUACUUAGAAGGUAAGUAAGGUUUGAUUUCAUUCUAGCAGGACCUGCUUAUACUCUUUAAUUUCUAACAAUAAAAAUUUUAAGUGCAUGACCAGCGUCCAAGGUGUGUGUGUCCUAUAAUGAACUAGUCAGGGGGCCAGAUUCAGGAAGCGAUGGGGGUAGGUUGUUUCUUCCUGACAGGGCUUUCUUCCUUUUAUUAAAUCGGGAGGUGUGGGGUGUUGUUGGGCUUGGUGCUUGCAUUGGUUCCUUUUGCUGCAUUCACUUCUUUCUCGUCCUCUGGCAAUUAGCGUAGCCAGGAUCUCCUUACACCAUUUAUGGAGAAGACUUUUUAAUUUUUAGCACCAGUGCCUGGUUUUCAUGAUUACCUCCUGUUGUAGGAAUUCUCAUCUUGAAGCGGAGGGGACCAAGAAGGGCCUGCGUCUUCCCACAGCCCGCAAGACUGGCACCACCAUUGCUGGGGUAGUGUUUAAGGUGAGGCCCAAUGCUUUUUGCAGUAAUAUCAGCUUUUUCAGUGUUUGUCCUAUGCAUGUCUACUCAGAAGCAAGUCCCGCUAAGCUUAGUGACACUUGCUUCCAGGAAAGUGGGCAUAGGAUUGCCAUCUCCCUUUCUUUCUCUAGGAUGGGGUGGUACUUGGAGCAGAUACAAGAGCCACUGAAGGGAUGGUUGUUGCUGACAAGAACUGUUCAAAAAUACAUUAUAUAUCUCCAAACAUUUAGUAAGUAUAUAUAUUACUAACCUUUUUCUAGGCCUGCUCAUGACCACAGAUUUUCUGGAAGUGGAAAGUUGCAAAGUAUUUGUUUCUAAUGGAGGGAACCAGGGAAAAGUAGGAAGAAAAAGCAUGGGUGUUUAAUUGUUCAUGUUUCACAAAGGGAUUUCUCUGUCCUGAAUAUAACCACCUGCUUUAAUGGACUGUCUAGUUAGCUCUUGAUUCCUACGGAGUGGCAAAUGUGUUCCGGGGGUGUGUGGGGCAGCUGCCAACCAAGUGUGGCCAUGGCUUCUAGAUAAUUGUUCAGAAGCUGCUUGUUUACUAAACGAAGUAAAUACGUUUGCAGUUGUUGCGGUGCUGGAACGGCCGCAGACACAGAAAUGACAACUCAGAUGAUCUCUUCUAACAUGGAACUCCACUCACUCUCUACUGGACGUCUUCCAAGGGUGGUCACAGCCAACCGGAUGCUCAAGCAGAUGCUCUUCAGGUAACUGGCUUGUGGACUGAGCGGUGCUGUUGCCACUCUUUGCCUCCUCCCCUUUCUCCCUUCAUUCAGUUAAGCAGUGUAGUUGGGAAAGUUCAGCAGUCGAGUGGCAUGUUCUAAAAUAUGUGUGUGUUUAAACAAUUUUACAAGCAGAAGCCUUCAGGGCAGCAUUUAAAAAUGGAAACUUUUGUGUUUGUCAUCAACAUUCAAAAUUAACCAGUCUCCAAUCUCUUUUUCGACUCAGUGGCGCCACCUAGCAACCAAAAUGAGAUUUCCAGCUAGGUGAUUUGUGACCAAGGUCUCUGGCUGUGCAGGAGAGCCAAGGCAGCAUCUGAAGCGGGGGUCCCUUUCUGCUUGCUCCCCAGGGAACUUUUUGAUGUGCUAAAGGAAUUUCUCCCUGGGGCCCAAAGCAGCCUUACUUGUGGUUCUUUCUCACUGCUGUUUUUGUUACCACCCCGAAAUGCAAGUGUUUAAAUACCUCCCAUCUAGCUGUGGCUGCCAGGCCACUGCACACUUCUGCCCAAAGGCUUGGACUUGCCAGCAAUGAGCUGCUGACCAUGGGAAAGAGAGUGUGACCCCCCAUCACAUGGUGGGAGAGAGGAGGGUGGGUGGACGGACUGGUGGGAGGGAGGCAGGAUUAUGCAAAAACGAGAUCUCCAGAGCACAGUCUCUUCCAAGGCUGCUAGGGGAGGGGAUGAAUUGGAAAGGACUCCUUACUGAAAAAAAGAGAGAGAGAGAGAGAGAGAGAGAGAACACAAACCAGAAGCUGCAGUGUGCCUCAUUGCAUGGCCACUUCCUCUACACCACAGUUGCAUGUAGGCUUUGUGUGGCAUCUCGGUGCCCUGUGUGGAGGGAGGGAGUCGGGAGGACUAGCCCCUCACCACAGCUGAUCAGCCUUACUUCCUCCUGCCCUUUGCUUCCAUGCCCUUCCUGCCCAAAGCUUUCACCCUGCUCGCCUCCAGAACAGGCUGGCUGGAGCCACUGGCACAUCCUACCGAGGGGGGCAGAAAAACUGCAGCAGAGAGGGAGGGAGAGGCAGAGGAUGUGCCCCUUUGCUGUGUGGGUGGCUGCUUGCUGGGGAUGGGUGGCUGGCUUGUGUGAGGGAUACCGCCUAUCUGCUGGCCUAGCAGAGCAGGCAGGCAGGAAGCAGCCCUUUAUGGGAUGUGGGUGGUGCUGUGGGUUAAACCACAGAGCCUAGGACUUGCUGAUCAGAAGGUUGGCGGUUCAAAUCUCCGCGACGGGGUGAGCUGCUGUUGCUCAGUCCCUGCUCCUGCCAACCUAGCAGUUCAAAAGCACAUCAAAGUGCAAGUCGGGAAGGUAAAUGGCGUUUCCGUGCGCUGCUCUGGUUCGCCAGAAGCGGCUUAGUCAUGCUGGCCACAUGACCCGGAAGCUGUACGCCGGCUCCCUUGGCCAAUAAAGCGAGAUGAGCGCCACAACCCCAGAGUCAUCCACGACUGAACUUAACUGUCAGGGGUCCCUUUACCUUUACCUUUAAAGCCUUUUAUACUGCAGAGUAAAGGGCUGCUUCCUGCCUGCUGAAUCUGCAAGGCGAGAGAGAUGCGGCUCUGUGAGCCUGCCUCCACCCGCCAACUCCAUGUGUCUACGUCUCUGGCUGGGACUCUUUGUCCUCCAAGCCAGAGACGGGGCAAUGCACAGCUGACAGGUGGGCAGACAGGCAACACUUCCUCCUCACCCCUCUCUCUUUGGGAAAACCUCAAGUCCCUGUGAAUCAAACCAGUGGUGAAGGCUGCCGGGUGCGCGGCCACCAUGUUUCCUCUUUGCUCAACUUCUGUUUGCGCAGCAUAAGCGGGGUGGGGGGUGGGUGCAGGUUUUGAGGCAGCUGCUUUAUACUCUCUGGGAAGCCCAUCAGUUUCACGAGAGGAGUCUUGAUGUUUCAACACCCUUGUUUUCCCGCUCCCUUUUAUGGGUUUAAAUAAAAGUGAGGGGUUUUCCCAUGCCUUUGAACUGCCGUCACCACCGGAGUUUGUGUGCAUUUUGAGAGAGAGAAAACUCUUCACAGAACUGCAUGGCUUGCACUGCUCCUGCCCUGCUUUUGCAAGUUGGCUGUGGGUGUGCUCUUUUGGUGCUGCGCUGCUUGCAGAUCCCCUGGCUCAUGCAGGCACACAGUCCUUUUUCCUUUUUUUUUUUUUAAUAGUUUUUAUUAAGAAUUUCAACAUAACAAAUUAUCAAAAACAUAUCAUCUUCAUUUCUCCCCUCCCUCUGCAACAACCUUUUUUUCCAAUGAAAAGGCACCUAGCAUUCUUGUAGUGCCUGGAAUGCAGGUUUAAGAUGUCGUUAGGCUCCUAGCUUUUAUACCCCAGUUUCUAACACUGUUUGGAAUGCGUUUCUGGUGUUCACACACUCUUAUGCUACACACAUUCAUGUCUUCCAGGUAUCAAGGUUACAUUGGUGCAGCCCUGGUUCUGGGUGGGGUAGAUGUCACUGGGGCCCAUCUUUACAGCAUCUAUCCUCAUGGAUCUACUGACAAAUUGCCUUAUGUCACAAUGGGUGAGUCUUUCCCUCUUACAAUUUAGGUAACUGCAGUGCCCACUAGUGGAAAUCUGUCGUAAUUAGUUUUUCUUUCCUCAUCUUUACUCGUGUGUGUGUGUGUGUGUGUGUGUGUGAGAGAGAGAGAGAGGGGGGGGAUUCUGAAAUGUCGUUAGCGUUGUAGAAAGUGAAAGUAAAACAGGGAUCUCAUUCUUUGUGUGAUCAUAUCUCUUGAUGCCUAAUAAUAAUACUUUAAAUCAUUGGCAAAUUGUAAAUGGCUGGGUGGGGAGAUGGGAAAUACAGCUUGUGCAAAUUUGCCAGAGACUCCCAGAGUGUAGCUUCAGUGCUGAAUGGCAAAUGUUUUGCUAAAUCAAAUCCCAAGGCAGUGGUUCUUCAUCAGAACAUUAAAGCAAACACACACAAAGUUUCUGAAAUGCCAUCAGAACCUCUAGAGAAAUUACACUAUAAGGAUGAUUUUAGAUUUCUUAAAGCAGCCCUGUAGCUUAUAUAGGGGUUGUCAGCAGCAAAAAUAAUGUUAGCUGACUGAAAAUACAGAUGUGUAGCCCUUGUCAGUGGAGAGUGCGAGAGCUUCUAAUUUUUUGUUUUUUUCCUCUUCAAAUGGAUGCAGUAGUUAAUAGGCAAAUGCUACUAUGGAUGUUUGGUUCACAUUGAUUCAGUUCAUUCUGACCCCAAUUUCACUUUGCUCUAAUGCUUUGCCGCCUAUAUGUACAAAACCCCCCACACCUCUGUGUUUACUAGGGUCCAACAUUUUUCUUAAAUUACUUGAAGAAAUGAUGUGUGUGUGUGCGCAGAAGCAUCUCUUACAGGUAGCCCUUGCUAGAUUAUGGAAGAGGUGUACUCAAAAAUUACUGCAUCUGUAUGGUUUAUUUUGAUGUUCUUUCAUGCCAGUGUUCGGGAAAAUUGGAGUCCUGGGCAUAGAGAAGCUUAGAACAACAGAGUGUAGCUUUUUUACACCAAUAGAUGGUGCCAUGGUACCCUACAAAGUAGUAAAUUAUUUAUUCUGUGCAUGAAAUCUAUUUUUGAAAGAAUGCUAUUAUAGGAUUUAUGAUGUAAUAUUCUAUUCAUACCCUUAUAUGAAUUAACAUAAAAUAUGAAAUUGGAUUAAUAUUUAUAAAUGUGCCCUGAAACUUAUAAAUUAUUAAACUGCUGAACAAUAAAUUACCUUGCUGCAUUUGUAUAGUGAAUGAUUAGUGACCCAAAACUGCAGGAUUCAUGUCUGCCUUGCACCAAGAAUCCUUUGACUCUGUUUUGUUUGAAGCUGUAGAGCAUGGCUAUCCUAUGAAUAUUGUUCACUGAACCAAGGGAAAGAAAUCUGACUGGUAAGGACUGCUGUCAUUAAAUGGGAAUAGGCUUCUAAGCCUAUGAAGCCUGACAGUAUUAAUCUGUCUGUUUUAUCUACUAUGCUGCUAUUCCUUUAAAAAGAGAAGAAGAAGAAGGCUGCAAUUCCAGCAUGUUUAAAAGCAAACCACACUGAACUCCACAGCACUUGUUUCCAAGUAAACGUGCUUAGGGUUGGGCUAUUGCAUACCUGACAAUGCUUCAUUACAGGGUACAUUGUGCAAAUCUCUGGUCUGGUAAAUAUCAUACAGUAUGGACAACUUCAGUCUACUGUUUAAAUGAUUUGUCCAAAUGUAGGGGCCAUGUUUUAGAUGUGAUACUGCAGGCUGAGAGUCUGAAAAAUGAAUUUCUUGCUCCAGUGUGCAGCAUACCUAAGGCUUAGGGAUUACAAUCUUAAAAUGAUCAUAAAACCAGACAUCAAAAUUCAUGCCCUCAAGCUCUGUUCUUGGGAUGGAUAUCUGGCACAGACAUGAAUGUCUUGCAGUGCCUCUACAUUGACACAACCCAGUUUUGGCCUCUUCUGGAAAGAAAGGAGCGCAUCCUUUUGAUGGGCAGGUGUGAUGCAAUAUGAACACAGUUUGUGUUUUUAGUACUCCCGUGAAGGCUGACUGAUCUCUUAUGUGCCAAAAUAUUAGCAUGAUUUUUAAACUCAACAUUUUGACAAGCUCCGCACUUAGGUUGGUGGCAGAGAAUACAUGUUUAAGCCAGAAGGACUUAGCUAUCACAGCAGAAUAGUAAAUACUCAGACCUGCUCAUAUUUGAUAAGAUGUUAGGCACAGACAAGGCAGCAGUAUUACUAUUCCAUGAUUCCUCCAUGUAUCUACAAACUGAAUGCUAAUUUCCCCAUACCUUUCUCUUGUUGUUUUAAGCAAUAUUUUACAUGUGUGUGCGUGUAAGGCCUAUGUAUUGUUGCUCAAAACAGGCAAAGAAUAGAAACCCAGCGUUUUGUGCCUAAAUAAGAGACCAGUGUCGUUCCUUAGAAGGAGUUUAAAACAUACUCAGUGCUUACUCAGGAGUGAAAACAUCAAAUUAAAGUGUUUAUGCUGACAAAGGACAAAUGCGGAUUUCAGCAAACGAUGCAAGAUUGUCUGAUUGCUGGCUUGUCUAGAAAAGCUUCUGGCCAUGGCUAUAUAAUGAAAUGCAUGCAUACAAUUAAAGGGCUUGAAGUCUGUACUUCAGACUUGGGAAGCAGCAAGAUGCAUUCUGGUGGUCUCUUGUGGCUGAGGCUGAUCUCUUGGCACCAGUAUUGUUUCAUAUUCAUAAAUCAGCUCUUCAUGCAUUGGCAAUGGCUGUCUGCCGCACAGGCAAUGCCACCAAGAGACCAGGCCUCUCAGCCAGGAACCAGAGUGAAAAAUGAUGCCGAUCGAUGGGUCUGUGGAGAGCACUGGAUAUCUACCUAGGAGGAACAGCAAAUUGAAUAACAAUGAGCGUUUGUGAAUAAGUGCGCUGUCAGGGACUGUUGACACUGAUGGAUUAGAGAAAUCUAAAUGUUACUCUCUUCACAGCGCAUUUGUUUGCCAGUGUGGCAGGCAGAGGCUGCAGCAAACAGGUUCUUGAGUGCUGGAAGAUGCAGAAGGCUAUUUAGUAAAAGAAAGCACUCUUCACUGAAUGUUUGACGUUCAGAAGGCUGCUAACUGCAGUGUGCAAAUGGACAAGUCCAAUAUCGGUUAAAUAUGGGACAGCAAGGUCAUUUUAAAACACAAAAAGUAUUUCUAGGUCAUCAGAUGUAUGAAGAGGAAUGCUGUGACUCUGUAAUGUAACUGUAAAGAGAACAUCAUUCAGAUAUUAUUAUUAUUAUUAUUAUUAUUAUUAUUAUUAUUAUUUAUAUAUUGCCCUAUACCCGGAGAUCUCAGGGCAGUUCACAGAAAAGAUUCCCUUGUUAUUCUUUCUGGGUCUAAUAAAAAAAAAUCACUCUUGAGAUUGGUGUAGAACUUAUUUCUAGGCUGUUUUUAAUUUAAAUGCAGGUAGCACUGAGAAACUUAUGUGCCCUUAUGUGUAAAAUAAACUCAGUUUAUUUUAAAAUAUUUUAAAAACCACCCUUUAUCAGUUAAGAUAUCCGGAUGAUGUGCAGAAUAAGACCAAAAGUGUCCAUAUAAGCACAAAAGCCCCACGUAUAAAAUACAGCCUAAACAACUUUACAAGGCAGCAAAAUAUAAUAGGGGAAUGACACACGCAAAGCAGCUCAAGCAAGCAGGAAAGUUUUGAAUUGGCACUGUGAAAGAUGACGUUGUCGGUGCCUGUGAAAUUCUGUGGGGAUGUUCCACAAUUGAAAUGCCAUGACAAGAGGCAUGUUCCUUCUUGUAGCAUGUUCAAUAAGAGCCUGGCCCACAGCAGGUUGUAAGGUGGUUGUAGGCUGGUGUAGGGGCAGGUGCUGCGUCAGGCGUUUUAAGAGCAUGCUCUCGCAGACUGCCUUGUGACCAGCGUGGUGCAGUUCUCUUCAGUGUUGGGGGGCGCAUGGCAUCCAGAGAGGUCCGUGCAGCUCCUGUCCCCAAAUGUAGGCCUGUUGACUGGGCUUCCGGCGUUGAAGAGAAUGAGCUAAUUGAUGAAGCUGCCUUGAGUAUUUUGUGGUGCUUUGAGAAAGCGAGGGUGGUCUGUUACCCAGGCUUGCCGCCCAAUGUUCUGGUUUAGUGCCUCUCACUUCAUUAACCCUUUUGUGCUGUUUUUGCCAAGCUAUAUGCCAUGAUAGCCAUCGUUUAAAAUGCCAGCUCUGUGUCUUGGUCACACACCAGCAUGGUCAAGGAAUGGGAAACCAGGGUGAAGCUGUGCAGAAAGAGGCUGCCUCCCCUAGUUGAGAACAUCGUUCCUGGACAUAGCACCUCCUCUGCUCCAAGGAGUGAGCUGACGAGUGCUUGGGGUGAGAGAUAGGAUGUGCCCCCCCCCCCAAGGCAAUAUCCAGUCUCUGAAUCCAUUAAGGCUCUUCUUUGAAAGUCAAAAAUGAGAGUGCUGCAGCUGCAAAGAUGGGGAUCAGAACCCUGCCCCUACCACAGAUGGUUGGGGAACUGGCUGUGUAUAGAUCUUUACAGUAUGUUCUCUGUUCACACCCUACUCAUCCCCUGCCUUCCAAAAUGUUGGGAAUUUUGCUAGCGUGUGAAUGCAAAAUGGGCUGUUUCAGAAGCAAGGCCUAGAUAUAAAUUAAAUAAAAAAUAGAUUGUUGUGAAAUAUUUCUUCUGCCUCAUUACAGCUCUUGUCUUGCCUGUUAAAACUCCAGUGCGAGGCUCUCCUAGACAUCUUGCUUGCCUCUUUUUCCACCUGAUUCUGCUUAUUCCCGUUGUGGGGAGCUUGGCAGUAAGGCUUGCCUCAUAAACUGCAUCCAGAGCAGCCCUUACAGGACUUCACUUUGACCUCCUUGUGGUUCAGUACAGUUCUUCUUGUUUGCUAUUUUUGGCAGCUGGCAUAUUUUGUGCAUGUUGCUCUCCUCUCCUGUUAGCCACUUGCAAAGAAUUCCUUUUUGUUUCCCAUUCCUGCCUUUCUGAAAAUGGAGCUGUACGUGGUUCCGAGGCAAAAACGAAUAGCCAUUGCCUGGAGUAUGAGAAGAUGCUUUGUGCACCCCGCUGUUUAUAAAUGUGAUGUAUUUGGUACUGUAAAGGUAAUGAUCCUCAACCACAGCAAUAUUCCGUAACAGGAGGAGUCUUUGUCACAUUCGCUGGAAUUACCAUGUUCAUUGAUUUGUGUCUGUAAAUCUGCCUCUACCCUUUAAAUUUGAUCUAUAAUUGGACCUCCUUAAAUGGUUCAGAUAAGAUAGUCUGUAUUUUCUCAGCAAUGUCACUGUCAGCUUCUCCCUUUUCAUUAUACAUUCAGCAGACUUGAUAAAAUCAGCAGGACACCUCAUUUGAAACUCUUUAAUCGCUGCCUUUUUCUUUACUAAACCAUUGAGGUGGUCAAGCGAUGUACACAAAUCAUUUUAAAUGGAAAAUAUGGCUUUCUGGGUGACCCAGCUAAACAGAUAGUGGUAUGCAAAACAAGUUAAAAAGUAAUAAAUGCCAAAAAAUCUCCUAAUUGGCAUAAAAAAUUGUCGCUAACUUUAUUCAAUCUCCAAAAGCAGAGCAUCCUGAAAUACUGUCUGGCUGCACUGAAACAUGAUGAUGAUGUCUGUGCAGGGAAGAUUCAAAUUCUCUUCUGAACAAAGCUUGUUUAAGAUUGCCAAAUAGUUCAUAGCCGCUCUUUGCGUGGACUUGUAAUGCCUGGAGCCGACAUCGGAAAGGGGCUUCUUCCGUUAGUAUUUUUGUAGGACAGCUCUUGAAAUCGCCAAAUGUGUGUGUUUAAACCUUUGUGUGUGAUUCAUGUUUGCCACUCCGGUGUGCUCUGCCUUACUGUUUUUUUAGUGCAAACUAGAAACAAUCCAAAACACAAUAAAACAAAACACAAUUGAACUGGGGUAGAUGAGACUGAAUGGCCACCCGGAUUCCUCUAUCUUUCUGUGCACAUGCUAAACCAACCCACUGAAAUAAAAUGUUCCUUUCAGCUGAACCAAAUGAUUUUAAAGCCCUAGUCUGCCUCUUCUCAAAGCUUCUGGCUUGGUCAUACAUGGCUCAGUAUAUAUAUUUCUAGAAAAUAUCUCAGCUGUUCUAGAAAUGUUGCCCCAAUCUAUAUAUAUUUAAAAAAACUCCAGGAUUUAGAGAGGUGCUUCUGGUGCUUCUAAAGGCCUGGGCAUACCCAGUAGGAUUUUUUUACUUGCCUUGAACAGCAUGGCCACCCACCACCCUCUCUGCCAUACCACUCCACUAUUCACUUUUGAUAUUGAGAAUAUUUUCAAAAGCAUUUGGGAAGGGGGCUGGGGUUCAAGAAAUAAAAGCUGAACAUGCUCCCACUAAACCCUGGUGCAGCUUCCGUUGGGAGCUUGGUACGAGUUAUCAACCUGCUUUUCCCCUUUGCCUUCAGAGCAAGGCUCCGUUUGCUACUGAGCCUGGACAAGAGAUGCUGCUCUAAAGUAGCAAAACAAAUGUAUAGGAAUGUAAAUCAGUAUUUGUAAAGUUCUGGUCUCAUUGUUGCCUUUUCUGUUCCGCCUUUGAAAACCACAAUGGUGUAUUGGAUGCAACCAAAAAAAUUAAAACGAAAACUUCUCCUUGCUCUUUUCAGGUUCAGGUUCAUUGGCAGCCAUGGCAGUUUUUGAAGACAAAUUCAAGCCUGACAUGGAGGUAAACACUCUCUCCGCCUCCUGUGCUCCCACUGUUUAUUUGUAAAAUUGUGAUAGUAGCAUAGUGUAAUUUGUAAGAUGGGGUCCUUUGAAUGAUCUUUAAUGGUUGGUUUUCAGUUACAGCAAUGCCACAACAGUCUGAAGAGUCACUUUGUUGUCUUCUGUGGGGAUUAUCCAAAGCAUUGUUUCUGUGCUAAUAAAUAUGCACAAAACUUGAGUUAGACACAAAACUGUAAAAUGUGUGUACCUGUGGAGAAAUCCGUGCAAGUCUGACACCUGUGCCUUGUGGAUGUAAUUGCAGGAAUUCUUCAGGAUGUGUUAAACACAUACCUAAUGUUUCCUCAAAUGCUGGUGUUUCCAGAUAUUUUGUGCCUGACUCUUUAAGCUAUGAGUGCAAAAGUGGAAGGUAUGGGUGAUUAUUGGGUCUCUAGUCUGUGCAUGUUCUUCACAAAGCCACAUUCUGUGCCCUUGAGGGGAUUUUUAAGUGGAGACGGGCAUUGAAGUCACUUUUUGUGGCUUAGUGGUUCUCUGCUCCCAGCUUGUCAAGGGUGAAAUCCUCACUACCAUAUUUGUGUGUUGAAACAGCAGAAUGGCUAAAAAUGGGAGCAGAAAUAGUAUGUUUCUAGUUGCUUAAAGGCCAGCCUGAUUUAAGCAAUUGUCAUGUACACAAUCAAGCAGCAUUUUUAAUUGGCUGCUGAAUUGAGCAUAAACAGGAAUCCAUUAAUUUUGGUUGGCUAUGGUAGCUGCUGCUGCUGCCUCUGAGUGUCUGAAAACAAUGUACUUUGCUUUCUGAGUCCUUUGAAGGAAGCCCAGUGCAAGGUAAUGGAAGAGCCCCUACCUGUCCCUUGCCAGAGGUGUUCACUGUUGGAGGUUCUAUUUAUCGUCACAGAAGACCAAAAUGUGACUCAGCACUCAGUUGAAGUUGACAGCUUGUCUUGGGAAAGCAAUCACCUUCAGCCCAACAUUUUUACUUGAUGGGUGAUUGUGUUAAUGAGUUGGAUCUUAACUGCUGCUAUCCUGGUAAUAUCACUACUUAAGUCACAGUGAACAUCUCCUAGAUAGGCCAGGCUCCUGUGUCCCCUCGCAGAGUACACAAGGCUCAGAUUAGCAGGCCAGAGCUAACCCAGCAAUUCUGAGCUUUUAUUCUUGAUUGGGAAUGGAUGAGAAUGGAGAAGACCAACACUUUGUGUGCCUGUGGUGUCACUUGUCAAGGUGCAGAAGCAUCACAAAAGAGGGGCUGCCCCACUUGCCCCAGGGUCUUCACACCUGACUGUACUGCCUUGGCAGUCUUUUUGUUUGUUUAUGAUUUCACUGGUUUAUUAAUUUCCAUACCACUCUUCAUCCAAAGAUCAUCAUCAUUACUAUAUUAAUGCUUUGGACAGAGCAGCUUGCUCUGUCCUCUGACUAGAAGAAAGAAGCAAGUUUCCAUUUUGAAACAGCUUAUAACCACAUUUUUGGGUUUAUAUGGAAGAAUUGGAGUGAGGAUCCCCUCCACUCUUGCCCCGUUCCUUCUCCUUCAUCUUCCAGCCACUCCCCUCCCUAGUUGGAAAAAAAAAUGUUUUAUUGGCUAAUCUGGUUUUAUGGGAGGGAGGGAAUUGUAUCCUGCUCUGCCUACUAUAGAUAGCGUGGACUACCCAGUGCAUGUGGGUUUGGAUGGCAAAAAGGCUAGGAUUCUGUUUGUGUGUGUGUGUGCUGUUUUUAACUAUGAAGGGAGGCUCUAUCUUGUCCAGAAUGAAGUACCCCUUUUUAGAUGGGUGUUUUCUAGCACAAAUUCCUUGAAGGUUUAGUAGCAUAACAGGUUGCACGAUGACAGCUCCUCUGUGAAAAGACUGAACAAUAUUUGGUAAAUCUCUGUACCACUCCAAUGUGUUAAUGCUGAAUUGGUCAACUGCUGAUGCGCAUGCAGUGAAAAGAACUUUAAAAAUCUUGGUGCCAUGGUCAUUAAAAUGUGUAGAAAAUUAAUAUUUUUCCUGUCAAGAUUAAUGCAGCUCCUUUGUUUGCUAAUUGUCAGAAUAUCUUGAUGGAGCUUUUAAAGGGCAGUGGUGUUCUUCAAGACCAUCACAUCACAGAGAAAUGAUUCAAAGGCAAACUGUCCUGCACCCUCUGGUAUCAACUUGCAAAUUAGCAUCUGGAAUCUAAUUAAACAAGCUUAAUGAAAUCAGCAGCUGAAUACUGCAGGAAAAGACAAUCAGCCCCCACCCCCUCUGAUAUAUAUUCUGUACUACUGAAGCCGUUCACCAAAAGCAUCGUGUGAGCACAGUUAAAGAAAUUAGCAUUUAUUUGAAGACAAGGAACUGGUUUUUUUCAUUCUGUUACGCUUUUGGCAUGCGCCAGCGUCCCCAGAGAGCCGUGCCACAACACAUAGUGCACAAUAUUUAUAAAUCUGACAGGCAAUAAUAGCAACUUGAAAAAUUUCUUUUGCUGGAAUUUCAAGUUGAGAGCUGCCAAAAGCUGAGAGGAUCAAACCUGCUCUGGCAGCUGCUGUGCCCUACAGUGAGAAUAGCAGACUUUGAAGAUGUUCGACUUAAAAAAACCAGGACUGCAGGCUUAGCCAAUUUUUGCAGGUUUCUCCAGCCCUGGCUCUCCGCCGUUUGAAGAUGAGUUGUUGAAGCUUCUACCACUGCCUCAGGCAUCCUCACACCAGCAGGGCUUGUCCCCCCCCCCCCCACCUCCGACCGCGUCUUGAGUUUUAGGUAGCAAGUGGCUUUGUUGGUGCCAAGUGUGACAGCCCUUCCUUAGGCUGUAGCGCAGAGUCUGUCUGUCGAGCCUUCUCAGGAUAGAUCAGUGGUGGGAUGCUGGCCUCCUGAGGGGCUGUUACGGAUUUCCAAGGAUGGCAACUGCUUUAGGCUUAAAGCUCAGACAUGUUGUUGAUGCUUCAGACACGAGCUUGAGCCCCUGGCCACUGUAGGGCAAGCACAGUUGUUCACAUGUGCACCUAAACUUGCCUGAAAUAAGAAUGGGAGAGUGGUAAAGCUGUUGAUGGCUUUGGUUGAAUUCUUGGAGCAGGGUUAUACUGUUUGCAUUCUGUAGCAUCUUCCAGUAGGAGAAAUUCUAGGCCCCUAGGGACUUUUUCCCCUCUACCCUUGUGCAAGGCUAACAUCUAAACAUUUAAUGCUUAUUCAUUUUAACUGAGAUUAAAUCUAGUUUGGGCAACCUGCAACCUUGGGGAGAGGUUGUAUGAGGGAAUACGCUGCUUCCUCUUGCUUCAAGGAGAUAUGGUGGCAUUUUUAUAUGGGUAGCUCUUCUUCCAAUCGCCAGUAAUGUUGAACCUAUUAAUAUGCUUAGCAAUGACAGAAAAGGGUAUUUCUUAUCUUUUUUUAAAUACUGUUAAAUACUGUCAUACUUUAGAGGCUUGGAGACAAAAGGACCAGAAUUAAUCUUGGCCCAGAUGAACCAUGCUGAUUUGUUUCUCAUUUCUGCCUGGAAACACCCCUGAGUUUGCAGGACUGGUGCAUGGUAUGCAGGACUUGUGGAAGGAAACAAGGGCUGAAUGCUGGUAGGUUUGCUGGGCAUCUUGCUAACAGGGCAGCAGAGCUGGACUACAGCUGAUGAGGACUGAAGGGGAGGAGGAGUGUGAGGAGGGAGGAAGGUGAGGGAGAGUCAGCUCAGAAGAGGUGGAAUUGCCUGCUGGGCUGCAGUCCUUCCUUACAGUCACAUUUACUCACCAUUUAGCAGUUUGAAGUUUUUUUCCCUCCCGCAGCCUUGACCUGACUUUAGAAAUAGUUUCUCUAGCAGUUUGCUGUUCCCAUUGUGGCAGUUUGGUCUGUUGUGUUGGGGUGGGAGAAGCAUUGUGCUGUCCGAUUUCAUUGGUCCAUCAUGCUGACAUAUUAUUUAUGUUGCUGUUAGGAUUGCCCUUCUCUGAAGAAGGCCUUGCAUUCCAUUCUAAGACUAGUGGUGUAUUAUCAGAUACUUUGCACUUCCUAAUAAUUGUUUACAGUGGUACCUCUGGCUGCGAACGCGAUCCGUUCCGGAGGCCGGUUCGCAACCUGAAAAGAACGCAACCCGUGUCUGUACGGGUGUGGGUUGCGAUUUGCCGCUUCUGCGCAUGCGCAUGAUGUCAUUUUGUGCAUAUGCACGAGCAGUGAAACCUGGAAGUAACCCUUUCUGGUGCUUCCGGGUCGCCGUGAGACGCAACCUGAAAACGCACAACCUGAAGCAAACGUAACAUGAGGCAUGACUGCAUAUGAAAAAGGGAGAUGGCAGCUUCUGGAACUUGAGAGCAGCCUCUGCAGCGCUGCCCUUAAGGGCAAUGCACUAUGUCUAUUACUGCUUUGGUAACAGAGACAGUCAUGCAAAGUACAAGUGAGCCCCCAGUGAAAAGCAGCAAGUGCUGUUCCACGCCUUUUUCAACCACGGGGGCUAAAAGAAAGCAUCAUUCAGAACACCAAAUUCAGCCCCACAUGUUGGAUUUGAACAGCCUCUGCAGCCCAGCCCAGUCAGCCAUCUGAAAUCUGUUUUUGUUUGCAGAUGUGAGGCAUUUCGCCUGCAAGCCAUUAAGCUGUAGCCACUCCCCAGAAGCUUGUUCCCAUCAUGCAAGCACCAUGACAAAUGCAUUGUCUGCAAUUCUCUUCACAUUCCCACUGCAGCGGAAUGUGAAACCCCUUUGCUUUCAUAGGAUGAGGGUGGCUGGUGGGUUCUGUGUGCAGAUCUCACACGCCCUGCAAAGUCUGUGGAAAGACACAGUCCAGCCUCCUGCCUCCCAGAGCGUUUUCAAACCACAGCUCUAGAGUGCGAGGGUGGACUGGCCAGUGGACGGCUUUUCUGGACUUAAACGGUGGAAGAUUCAGGAUCUGUAGUUCAGGAUGGAUGUGAAAGAGCAGGGCUCAGAUGGGGAUGUUGUGGAGAGUGAAGGAAAUGACGGACAUAAUUAUUUGCGGCCAGGCGCCUGAUUAAUGGCUGACAACAAUGCUGAUAGUUGGGAGUUUUUGUUUGUUUUUUGACAACCGCCGAAACUUAAAACUUGAUCAGGUGCUGGCGCCUCAUCAGUCUCAUUUAGGCUUCCUGUGUGAGUGACUGACACUCUGGAGCGGUGACACGCUGCAUAUGAAUGCUGGCUUCAUUAGUGGGGCUGAUCAAAAUGCCCGUGUCCCUGCCACAGGGCUCAGGUGUGGGUGUCUUCUGGCUAAUCCCCCCAGUUGACACUUGGUGUUUUAAUGACUCCAUGGGAAGGUGGCCGCGUGCUGGGGGGGUUUGCCAGCAGACGGUGGAGAUCAAGGGAGACAGCCUGCAUUAAGCGGGAGAGCUGCCCGAGCAACCUGCAUCCCCACUGGCAGCACACACAGCUUAUGCAGAAGGCCUUUCAAAAACGGGGCCCCUUUGCGGGGGGGGGGGGGGGGGGGGGAGCCCCCACCGCUUUGUGUAGCGCUGGUGUUUGGUGCUUGCACUUUGCCUUGCCGGCUGCAGCCUCUCUGCCUUUUUCUCUGGGGCAGGAAUUGUGAAGAUUUGUGCAAGGAUCCUGGUAUUUCUCCAAACUCUGUCCCCCCAUUUCCCUCUCUUGAAUACAGACAUAAUUGGGGGUGCUAAUUUGGAUUUUCCUUCAUCAAUGGAACUUUCUACCUGGCAUGAAUUUUUCUACCUGGCAUGCACAAAAAAAGAAUCCUGUGGAACUAAUUAUAGAAAAAACUCUUUUUUAUUUUUUAUUUAAGGGGGGGGGAUUUUCCAGUGAUUGAGUAUCUUGAGCUGUUUCAUCAGUGUUCUCCCAUAAGGAAACAAUACAUAAACGGUGGAAUAAAACAUCACACUAUUAUGAGCGUUCCAUCUGCAGAAGUAUUUCAGCUAGGCAGAUGAAAUGAUUCCCCUUUUCUCCCCCCAUGUAGGGUUCCAGGGGUCCCCCCCACUCCAAUUUCAGAGUCCACACAAGGGGAGGGGGGAGAGGAAAGCCCCAUUGCACCAGCUGAAGUGCUUGCAUAGGGCUUCCCCACGGGGUUUCUUAGGUGAAUCCCACCCAAUGUUACCUUAAGGGUCCGAUUUCUGUUAACACUGGCAGGCCUGCAGUUGCUUGCUAGUUUUCUUUAGUACUGUGUAUAAUUUGAAAAUGAAUGCUGAACUGUGGCACCUUUUAAUUGAAAGGUGCAGCAACAGCCCGCUGAACUUUGUGGAAACGAAGUUAGUGCCGUUUAAAACCUGUAUCCUAUUAUAUGAGCAGGUCUGCUCACAGUGGACUGUUGAUUGCUUUCACUCCUCGCAGAGUAGGUAUGCCAGACAGGUAAUUAUUUUUGAUGCAUUUCUUAGGAGCCAAAUAUUCAAACAGAAGUUGUAUUACUGUUGUUUCUCGAACUGAAGGAAAUGGUGAGUUUUUCCUGGAAACCCCCCCCCCCCAUAAUGCAAGACUGGUUUGGUGCUUCUGCAGCAAGCAAGAGUUCUUAAUACAAAAUACAUUUUGUAUGCAAAGAGCCAAGAAAUACUAAGUGGAGGAGGGGGUAGGGAAAUGUUUGUUGUGAACUUUGGAGAGAGGUUUUAUUGGAAUUCCCAGAAUACUUUAAUGAUGUGGUUGUGGACUCUUCCCCUGCCUCUGAGAUUGAUUUUUUUCCCUGUUGACAGUAAAACAUGAACAAAUACACCUUAAUACCCAACAGAGGGUUGCUGUUAUAAGACCGUUCACAAUUCUGCAAGCUGCCUUUUCUUUUUCUUUUUGGCUCUCUGUCCAUUUCCACCUUUCUGCUCUCACACAGAUCCAGCUCCUGACUGCAGCUGUGAGAGGAUGGAUUAAGAAGAUUUGUAAAAUCAAGGCUUUUUUCUCGCAGCAUUCGCUUGCUUGAAUUUUGCUUCCAAUCAGAUCUUGGUUCCAUUUGCUACCAUUUGUAUCAGUAACAAAUUAAAUACGCCUGUGCAUUUGUGUUUAUCUUGUAGUAGUAAAUGAAAGCCUGGUGUAGGCUCUUCCAGACCCCUUGAAAAUUCAGGUGGAGGCUGGCUCUGUGAUGUGAGGUUUUAUCCAGCAGAAUGGCGGUGGCUGCUCAUAUAAGAAUGAAAUAAGAGGAGCCAGCCUUACUGAAUGGUAGUUCUAGAAUCAUACAUUUCUGCCUUGGCAGGUAAUUCAACAUAAAUUGUUAAUGUAAAUUCAGGUUAGUGGGGAAGAUAUUUUUUACUAAAAAAGAUAAACUGCUGAUUAAUUCAGUAUAGAACUCAAUUACAAAUUGAAAGGGCCACUGCGGGACUCCAGAACCCUAAAGACAACAGAUGUUGAAUUGAUACUCCAGCAUAUUUCACACUGGUAUGAAAUAUUAACAUGGUUUAUUAUACUUGUGAUGUAGAUAUGAGAAAGGGGAGGUCUGGCUUGCGUGUGUUUGUACUAGUGUGUUGUGAAAAUAGCAAAGGUUCAGCCAGCUGUAAUUAAAGGCUUUAAGAGACGGCUGAUUCAGGGAGGAUCUGAAGAACAAAGCCCAGUAAGUUUGUUUACAGUUUGUUUUUAGAUGUUUACAAUGUGCAGAAGACAAAUCAUACAGCAUGACAUUUUUGCUAAAUGCCCCAAAGGCAAGGACUCUUAUAUUGAACCUUGGCCUGCUUCAGAUCGAGUUUUGUAACAUGGGGUGAAAGAAUGCUACUUUAGACCUAUGUGUCUUGUGAUUCCAUUUGGAGAUUCAGCCUCUUUUUUCCACUUUAUUAUGAUGUCAGAAAAGGUGGGUAUGCAUGGUCCGUGGCUGAAGUAGUAAUGUUUCCUUGCUUCUCUGAAAAGCUCCUACCUGCAGUAACCCAUUGCAGAGCACCUGUGUUCUUGUAAAAUGUGGUCAACAGAACAGCCCGAAGGUUUGCUGUGCCAGAAUGUGGGCCAAGGAUAAGCUGUAGCAGCACACAUGUUGAUGGUCAAGGCCCAGCAUUACUGCCAGGAGGUCUCAUCCAUGCAUGCAGAGUUUAUUGUCAUGCAAAGCGCACUUCAAAUAUCAGCACCCAGACAAGGAGUGAAUUCUCGUGAUGAAACAACCUCUUGUUUAUUUAUUGUUGCCAAAGCUUGUGUGUCUAUGCUGUCUGUCAUAGCUAUAUAGGCAACCUAGACAACACCCCACCCCCAACUCCCAGAUGUUUAAAUUCUCAAACAGCGGGGGACCCAUGACCUCAUAAUUUCUCUUGCAUUGAGAUCUGGAAGAUUACAGUGUGGUUACAUCACCUGUUUGAUUUCCUGCCUCAUUGAAGCAAACAUUCACGUGGCAUUUGGUCUGUAACAUGGAAAGCCACCACCUUUAAGUUCCCAGUGUGGAACUGGGAAGUUGUGAAUCUUUUGUGUUCCUAAUGCUUUUACUCCUUGCUGCUAAAUGCUAACUAGAACAGCCUGGCUCUGCUGCUUUAGGAAUAUUACCAGUGAGGUAAAAUGCUUCACAAAUGUACACAGCUUGCUGUAGCGUUACAUGCUGGAGGCCAGGUUAGGGUCACUUCAUCCAACUAUUUCUGGAUGCAAGGAAGAAAUUGCUUAAUUGGGUGAGGGUCAGUAUAGGAGUAAAUCUAGUCUGCUUGGAUAAAGUGGUGCCCAUUUUGAAAAUUAUUUGUAUGGCAGCAGAAGCUUCUGUGCUGCGUUAUUUUUUAUGGGUCCUUCAAUGCAUCAGUUCAUGAACAAGUCUGACCUUUCAUUACGUAACUCACUAAAUUAAUAUGAGAGUGUAUAUCCUGUACAUACUGAGAUUUUUUUUAUACCCGUUACUGCUUUUAAAUUAAUACAGCUAAUUAAUACAAAAUAAGUUUUCAGUGCUAUCCUAUGAAUGUUGAUUUGGAAGUAAGUCCCACCAAGCUCACUUGGAUUCCUGGGUAAAUAAAUACGCCUCGGAACGCCUCCUUUCCAUGGAUGCUAGAUGAUUCUGUGUUGUGGGGUGGGGGAGGAAGGGAAACUUGUGGCCCUCCAGAUGUUGUUGGACUUCCAACUUCCCCCAGCCCCAGCCAGCCUGGGGCAGUAGUGAUGGAUGAUGGAAGCUUUAGUCCCAACAUCUAAAGGGCCACAGGCUCCCCAUCCCUGCUGUAGGAAAUUGUCUCUUUAAUUCUAGCAAAUGGAGACUUGGCGUAUGUGGGGUGGCCUCACAUUGAUUUCCUCUGCCCCUGGUCUCCUGCCUUUGUGAUAGCAGACAGCAGUGUUCUCCAGUUACAAAACUUGUGUUUCUUGAUGACUUAGGAACUUGCGUGAAAAGCACUGGAUGGAGUGGAGAACUGGCACCACAAAUUUCCCUUGUCCCAAAUAAAACAAUUGCUUCAGCAGUUUCUGGGUGAUUGCUCGAAAGCUAAAGUCAGAAGAAAGCAAUAAUCUUGCCAUCUUAUUCCACUAGGAGGUUGUGCUUCAAAGCAACAAUAUCUGAAUUGCCUUCCCCUCCUAUUGUACUUUGGGAAAUAAGCAGCAUUAGAACUCAGGUCUGCAUAAGCCUGUAUGUCUCUGUCAAUUGAAGUUGGGGGCUUCCAGCCUUCCCUCGCCUUUUAAAAAAUAAAAUAAGGGAGGGGAUGCAGGAAGUAAUCAAACCUUUUUGAUACGGAGCAGCUGCCCUGGGUUGGUUCUCUUCCUGAGCUUCCCAGCAGAUUUAGCUCCGCUUUCAGUUAUGUAUUGAUCUCGACAGAGUUUCUCCCAGAAGACAGGCAUAUCCACAUUUCUAUACAAUCGAGGCUGCCGAUUACUCUUCCAUGGUCUAAUUAUCCUUCUCUAGGCUUUGGUAUCCUUCAAGAGCUAUCGUUUUGCUAGUCCCAAACUCCCAGCACUUCUGUAUAGAUUUUACUGCCGCUCUGACCUCCCGAAUGCCCCCCUCCCAGCCCAGUUAUCUCUCUCAGAUUCUCACUUAAAGUAAUUUGUACAUUUUAUCUUUUUUAUAUAUAUAUAUAGCGAGGGCAUAGAACAUAUUCCAUCCUUCCACAUUGGAACUAUGGUGAUGUGUUUCAAAAUGUCAGGAUGCAGCUGUUUACAGGCAACCCAGAAUACUCUUGGUGAAUUAAAGGCACCUUUUCAUGAGGUUGGAGUAGCUGGAUGAUGAAAAGCUGAAAUAACUUUAUGCAGGCUCUAAAUAUGUAGAAAUGUAUUCACCUCUCACCCCAUUUCAGUGGACUGGCAUUCUCCAGUCACAGGUUAUUUUUUCUAAGGAAAGAGACAUCCAGAAAUGGACGUGAGGCAGUUCUGGCGUAACAUUUUGUAGAUGAUGAAGUGACUUCUUUGCUCGCGACACAGCCAGCCUGCCUUUUCACCCGCAGAGUUGUCUCCUGUAUGUGCAUUUGGGUGCUCUAUACUUUUCCACCUGCAAAUCAGUGACCAAGGCACUUACUUGUAAAACAAAUGUGGAAGUGUUGUGUCCUGGGGAUGGGGAAGGGGAGAAACAGACCUGACUUUGGGACUCUUGCCACGGCUGUUGGAGAGGGAGGUAAUCUAUCAGUUUUGGAGCAUCUACAAAAUGCAACUCUCCUGAUAACGGGUUUAAAGUAAAGAUUUAAUACCGUCCUCUCUCUACUAUGAUGUUGCAGUGACAGUUUAAAACUCAUUCUCUAAAUCUCAGCAGACUUUACAGCCAGCAGUGGGCCAAUAUAGAGUUUAAUGGCAUUACAACACAUAAAUCAUCUUUUAAAGAUGCUACCAGUAGCUCCAAAAUUAAAUGCAGACAAUGUCCUCAGUUAUAAAUAAUUUAUCAAACACCAUUUCGGAUGAGCCUUCAUGCUGAGUUAUUUAUUUUAGCCUUUACUGUUCAAUUCCUCAGAUACGUUUUGAGAGAUCCAUUACUGGUCAGUUUAAUGAACUUGGGGGUCUGCUGUGCCCCCCUCCAGCAGUUUGGCACAUCUGUGGUGACCAUUACAUGGCUGGUCCAGACCUCUUUGUGCCUUUUACAAGUGCUGCCCAUUUGUCAUGUGGCGGUAAAUGGAGGAGCACAUUGGAGCCUUGGGACCCAUUGCGUGAUGCAGCAAUGGAGGCAAGCCGAGCGCUCCAUAAAGGGCUGCUUGUCACAGCUGACUUGUAUUACAGUCCAUCACUCUUACUGUAAUCUCAUUUAAGGAGCAGCCGUGGGCCCCAGAGAAGGAUAUUCCCAGUUAGCUUGGGCUUUGCAACCAUAAAGGAGGAAGUGCUCCUUUUAUAUACUCAGAACUUUUAGGGUACUUUUUUAGAUUAAUUAUUGCCCUGCGUCAUUUGUGCUACCAUCGUUAAGACUGCGACUGUCAGCACAUUCAAUAUACACCUCUGUUUUGCAGCUUUAAAAACUUCGUUCGGUGGUAGGAAUUAGCAUAUGGGGCAUGUAUGCAGGGCCAGUUUUUCCUGAGCAGUGUUUCACAGUGCCAUUCUUGAGCAAAAACAAUAUUCCACUCAUAUGCAACUGUUUCUUUAAUUAAUAGGAUUUAAUAAAAUGGAUGUUAAAAGUGUUACGUGGGCCUGAUGGUAGUAGGUGGUACUUGAUUUGGUAAAGUGGAGUUUGGUUUUGUCAGUUUAAACAUGUAAAAUGGCUUUGAAAGAAGGCUAAAAUAGUGUUGAAUUUGGCAUAGAGCAGGCAGGCAGCUGUAUUUUCAGUCUGAGGAAGAAUGCCUCUGUUUUUCUGGUGGUGUCAAGUAUUAUGUUUGCUUAUUUCAGUAAAUCUUUUUUUCUUGCUAAACUGAGGGAUGUGGCUGAGAUAGGGUCACAUGAACAUGUCUGAGGCUUGUCUAAGGACUCAUAUUUGAUGACAAAAAUCCUGGAAGCCCAUCUUUCUGCUUUUCUGCUUUUAAUUCUGCUUUUAAUUCUGAAUCAGGACAAAGCUUAGUUUGAGUGUGUUCUGAACAAUCAUUUUGUUCAGUGGAAGCAAAUGAGGCAAGCAGAAUGCAGACCUCUCUGCCUGCGUCACAACUGAGCUGUGAGACUCUUGGGGGCUUCUGCAGGAAGCACCUCUUGUGGAGAAUCUCUGGAGAGUGCUGAACAACUGCUGGGAACAGGCACAAGUUAAUUUAAAAAAUUUAAUUAAUUAAUUACUAUACCACCCUAUACUCUGAGGUCUCAGGGCGGUUCACAGAACAAACUCAAAAUAAUAACCUACAAAUUAUAUAAUCAAAAUAAAAACAAUAUCUCCCCCCCCCCAUUUUAAAAGGGCAUAGGAUGUCAAUUAAAUCAACCAAAGCUUGGUUAAAAAAGAACUUUUUUGCCUGGUGGCUAAAGGUGUAUAAUGAAGGUGCCAAGCAAACUUCCCUGGGGAGAGCAUUCCACAAAUGGGGAGCCACUGCAGAGAAGGCCCGUUCUCGUGUUGCCCCCUCUGGACUUCUCGAGGAGGAGGCAUAAGAAGAAGGGCCUCAGAAGAUGAUCUCAGGGUCCAGGUUCAAAUGGAAAGUGGUACAGUAUUGCGAUCUUGAGCCGUUUAAGGCUUUAAAGGUCAAAAACAGCACUUCAGAUUGAGUUCUUUGAAUUCAAAAUAUUCAAAGUAUGUACUCCAGAAUAACAUCUAACUGUAUUAAUGUCCAGCUGUUCCUCAGCCUGCUAUGUUUUGUUUUCUCAAUCUUCUAUACCAGGCACCUAAAAUUUGCCCUUUUCUACCCAAAAAGUCCAAAAGGAGCUCUUCAAUAUUAUUCUCAUUAAAUGUCCAAAAUAGUUCUUCUCUGUUCCAAUACGAUGAAUUUCUCCUCAAGGAUUCCGACAGAUCUUAAUAGUACUGUAUAAUAGUCCAUAUUUGUUUACUUGUUGUGUCUUUAUUAAUUCUUACCCAAUUCCAUAUAUUCAAGUACUAUUUCCGGUUGACCAUGCCACAUCUUAAAGAAAAAAGGGAAAACACCACUUCCAUUCUUUUUCCAAACCAAUCGCCAAAAGCUUAAAGGCUUUUUCUUCUGUGUUCACUUCAGUUUGUAGUCACGGCCCUUUCUCUCUCAGCUCCAUCUUUGCCAUCUCCAGUUGUCUCUUAAUGUCUGUAUUCAUAAGUCCCUUCAUCAUCAUAGCAACAUCCACUGUCCAGACAGCUGUAUGGAUGUCAUUGCAUGUUCAGGCAGAUCUGGGUCCAUAUCUUUUUCCACAGGUUCUGAGCAUUCUUUAAUCUGAUGUAUCUUUGAUGUAUCAAAUCUUUUUUUUAAUGUUUUAUGCAUUUCAGCUCCUAACUUCUAUCAGUUGUUCAUCUAGUAGUUGGCAUAUGAUACCAACAAUCGAUGAGGCAUUUGGUGUUGUCUUUGCCGUAUUGGGUUCUAUUAAUCUCUCCCUUGGCAGUAUCUGGUUCACAAGAAGCUUGUGUCUGCUUCUUUAUAUAUAAGAUUCAGUUUUGUUUUCGCAGCCAACACAGUAUGCAUAAGAUGGAGACUUACAGGCAGUAUAAAGUGAAGAUUUAAAACAGAUUCAGAGUCAUCUUAUAAGUUGUAUUCUUUCUUAGUCACCAGUGAUUAAGAUAAGCUUUUUGGUUAUUUUUUUAGCCUCUUAAUUAGUGUCUUUUAGUGCUUUUUUAUGUUCUGGGUGCUAAUUAACUAGCAGAUAGAAAAUCCACUUUAUAUUUAUUUCCAGUCUUAGAAAUAGUUAAAAGUAGGUUUUGCCAACCUAAUCUAAGGGCUGUUAUGUUCUGCUUCUGGUGUGAUGAAUGUUUUCUUCUGAGCAUGUGAGGCUUAUCCCUGAACUCCCUUAUCUCAAAAGGGAGUUUGGGUAACCAAGAUAAAUACUUUGGUUAUCGUGAAUCACCGCAUAAUUAUCUCUGUCAAUAGGAGUAUCAGCAAUCAAUGACUAGUUUGCCUUUUUCCUCCCCGGAAGUCCCCAAUGCCCUGCAAUCCUGGGAAAGGGCAUUUCGCUAACAUAUUAGCUGAUUAGACCAGGAGGCUCUCGCCUAAAAAACGCUGAAUUCAUCAUUUGUAAGCAUCCUCCGUUGCGCUGGAGAUCCUUAUCCCAAGCACCUUUUGAAAUCCAAAUUUCCUCCCCUCAGUGGGCCUGUAGAGGGUGCUAAUGUAAUGGGAAUCACUUUCCAUUUUCUGCUGUGAUUUGGUUCAGAGUACUGGUGGCCAAAACAUAAAUUUUCUACUGGAAAAUCAACUAAAAGGAGGAGUUUGCUCUCAUAAAAAAAAUAUGAGUGAGCUUUGGUUACCUGCAUAGGAUGUUACUUAACAAUAUCCUUGAGGGAUUAAGGAAUAUGGUUUCUCUUAAUGAAAUUUCCAAGUCAGGUUAGUUUGCCUUUCUGUGAGUGUGGAGACUCACCAGAGUGGGUGAUCAUGAAUUCGCUAAUUCUUUUCCUACCGAAAUGGGUACCCUUUCACCAUAUAUGGGUAAUGACGCUGGACUGCAACUCCCAGCAGCCGUUGAACACAGCCAAAAAUAUCUGGAGGACCACAAAUUACUCAUUCCUUUGAUCAAAAUUCCCUCCUUCCCCAAGUGGAUUUUGGUUUGGGUGUUCUCUUCCUUGGAAUAGCUACAGCCUUUAUGGAUACACUUCUUUGCUUCUUUGAAUUGAGCAAUAUUUCCAGUUGCACAGGUUCUACCGAAGGGUUUCUGGGCCUUGCAAACAGAUCCUGUCCUGCAUUUGGUUUCUACUCCAGUGGAGGCUGAUGGCCAGCAUUGUGCAAUUGCUUGGAAAUACGGGAAGGGGCGCAAAUGUCUGAGACCCACUUCGAUUUUUUUCCUAGGAGGAAGAAGCCAAACAGCUUGUGAGAGAUGCCAUUGCAGCCGGCAUAUACAACGAUCUGGGUUCUGGCAGCAACAUUGAUCUUUGCGUCCUCAGUAAGAACAAGCUGGACUUUCUCCGUCCCUACGAUAUGCCCAACAAAAAGGGGAAGAGGUGAGUGUGUCCCUGUUUCAAUUGUUUCUACAGACAAGAGAGUUAAACCUUCAGAUACCAGGAACAGGCCGAUUAUGCCUUCCGAGUGCAAACACUUGUAGUUGAAAUGCUACAGGUAAUCGUAUCCCAAGUGUUGAGGCUGCACACUGUUCCAGCUCAGAUCAUUAAAACGCACUCCUGAAAAAUAAAUGCACAAGAAUUGUUCUGUCUGAAGUAGUUGUCAGCCUAAGAGAAGGUUUGCUCGUUCCAAAAGUGGAGGGAGUUAAUUUUAAUAGGAGCGAAGGGCUUUUUCGAGAGACGUGCCCAAAGACUCCUGGAUAAACUGAGCAGUUAUGGAAUAUGAGGAGAGGCCCUCGUGCACAUCAGAAAUGGUGAGAUAGCAGGAAGCCAAGAGAGUGGAAAUGCAGGUGGCUCAUCAUUUAUGUGGGGGUUCCAUUCCGGGCCCCUGCACACAUACGCAAAAUUGCAUAAAAUGGGGAGCACCUGGUGGCUUGUGAGGAGACCAACCCCAGAGCCGAAAGACAACCUUUUCAGGAGGGUUUACUCAUGAAUGAGCCUGAAGGGUGUCAAAACAAUCUGAGACUGAAGAGCUCCAAAGGACCUCUCCAAACUGAGUGAAAGGGAGGCAAAGGAGCAAAGGCAGUUGAGUGUAAUAAGUGUAAAGUGAUGUAUUUUGUAGCAAAAAUAAAUAAAUAAUAAUUUCACAUAUACACUCAUAGGGUCUGAACUGGCAGUGACUGAUCAGGAAUGAGACCUUGGGUUUGUAGUGGAUAGCUCAAUGAAGAUGUUGACUCUGUGUGUGGCAGCUGUGAAAAAGGCAAAUUCCGUGCUAGGGAUCAUUAGGAAAAGAAUUUAAAAUAAAACGGCCAACAUCAUGGUGCCAUUAUACCAAUCUAUGGUGGAACUGCCUUUGAAAUACUAUAAACAGCUCUGGUCCCCUCACCUUAAAAGGGUAGAGUUGGAAAAAGUUGAGAAACGUUCAACCAAAAUGAUCAAGGUGGAGCAACAGGUUGAAACCUUUGAGACUUUUAAGUUCACAGGAAAGGCAAGCAAGUGGUGACCUGAUAGACGUUUAUAAAAUUAUGCAUGACAUAAAGUGGCUAGGGAGGUUUUCUCCCUCACAACAACAGAACUCCUAGACAUGCAAUGAAGCUGAACGUUGGAAGAAUCAGGAUAUAUAAAGUACUUCAUGUGGAACCUGCUCCCACAGGAGGCCAUGAUUCCGUUAAGGGAGGUUAAGGCUACCAGGGGCUGCUAACCAAGAUGCCCGUGUUCUACCUCCACUGUCAGCAAUAUGCUUUGGAAGACAAGUUGUUGGUAAUGGCAGGUGGGCAGAGUGCGGUUUUGCUCAUGUUCUGCUUAUGGGCUUCCUCAAUGUAUCUGGUUGGCCACUGUGAGAAGAGGAUGCUAGACUAGGUGGGCAAUUGGCCGGAUCCAGGAGGCUGUUCUUAGCUUCCUAAAGUCCAGCGCAAAUAGUAUGGUGUGAAAAGGCAGCAGCUGGGAUUGUGACCCUUUAGGGAGACCAGUAUUCCCUGUACAUCUGCUUUGUCUUUGCCAAGGCUGUUUCAAAGUAGGGAAGAGUCAGAACUUUCCAUUUUUGUUGACAAGGGAGUAGCCACUUUGUUGUGCAGUUUUCCAUUCUGUUCCUUGCACCAGGUUAUUCUUGGAGUUGCACUAGGACGUGGGCAAUAACAAGAACUGCAUUAUUUUGCAUGGCAGCAGCUAUUUGCUUCUUUCAAAGACUAGAAAGGACCGUUUGGGAACAUACUACUGACCGACCUUGAAAAAGGAUCCUGUCUUUGCAGGAGCCACUUUCCCUGUGCUUGUAACCUUCUGUAAAAAGGAAAGGCUUAUUGUAAUCAGCUUUCUGGGUCACUGUCCUAAUGCAAUCCACAACUCCCCGGAAAGGUCACCUGGGGUUUCCACUCAUAGCCUCCAACUGGGCUAACUGGCGGCACUGACAUUCUCUCUGUCCAGGAGCGGUUCUUCAAAAGCCAUAGUGCAAGAGGGAUAUGGAUUACAAAUACAGAAUGAGGUGCUCUUGGCAGGGGGAGAAGCUCUAACUUGGCUUUCCGCUCCAAAAUGGAGUCCUCCUUUCCAAUAACUUUGUCUUAGAAUGUAUUCACAUGCAGCAUUCAACCGUUGUAUUUUAAUCUAUGGGUCCAGAUGCCUCCCUCUUGGCCCAUGUCUAACUGGAGUCUGGCUUGUUGUGACUUGUAACUCUGGGCCUUGUGGUUUGUUUGUGUGGUAGUCAGAAGUGGGCGAUUAACCUGCUGUGUUCUAUCUGGGAAAGGGGCAACUAGCAACUAGAUCUAAGUAUAUAUCUCAAUCUCCAUCUGCCCCCCUUGUUAGUGGGAUUUCUGGCAGACACACAGUACUCUAUAAUUGUUUCUCUAUUCUCCACCCUCAAACAGGCAAGGGCGAUACAGCUGUGAGAGGGGAACUACAGGUGUGCUCUAUACGAAGGUUACACCCUUGGAUCUUGAAGUGGCAGAUGAGACGGUCCAAACAAUGGAUACAUCUUGACUUCCUGGAAACUUCUGGGCAGUGGAAGAGGAUUGAGAAUUUUCAUACAUGAAUUCUGUAUCUGUAUGCUGGCAUUAAUGUUCUGUAUGCAGAUUUAAUAAAAACCAAUAUGAAUUGA